AGCAGCUAGUAUGGUUCGAAUGUAACGGACGAGGGAAUAGUUACUCAAUUUGCCGCAUGCGCGCUGCAGUGCACCGUCGCGGCGAGAAUGUUUCCGGCGAAACUCGUCGGCAAAGUUAUCUCAAUAACAUCGUGAAGGCUGGUUUAUGGUGAUUCGAAUGUGAAAAAGCUUUAACGGAGUGCUUCGUGAAAAUGCUUCUUGUUUCUACGUCGAUUAGUACGUUUUUACGGAUGCUCGGUCAAUGGACGCUUUCUCGGCCGUGAUAGGCGUCCUUCGUUCAAAGAAAAUUCGUAGACGUCAACCGUCUGCGACUGACGAUUGUCCUGCGAGCAUCCACGAUUAUCGUAUACGCGGAACAAUUUGAAUUUCGUGUUCGCGGAACCUCCUCUCUGAAUCUUGGUGGAAGAGUAGAAUUUUUUAAGGAUGACAAUAACAAUGGCGUCCCGUGUUAAUUACUUUAAUAGAGACUUUAAUUAUUCUUAUGUGUCUUUCUGAUGACUUACGUAUUACGAUCAAUCGAGAUAAUGAUCGUGCGCGAUCGCGAGUGUAUAGGUCAGUUGGAUGCUUACGCUUCAUUUAGAUAGCCUAUAAUUUGGGUCAGAAAAUGACAGGAGUCAGUGGGAUUAAAGGAAAACAACUUCCGCCGACAUUUAAGACGGCUACGCCCACCUCCAGGACCCAGCUCAAGCUUCAGCUUAUGAGAGAACAGCUACAGGAGCAAGAGAGAAGAGAGACUGAAUAUAGGCAAAGCUUGCAACAACAGAGACCAGCCGCUGCGCCGCCAAGACCGGUACCCCCUACGCCAUUGCCAACCAUUGGCGUAGACGUACCACCUCAAGUGCUGCAGGUUCGCACCCUCCUCGAGAAUCCAACGCGCUACCACGUAGUGCAGAAGCAGAAGAAUCAAGUGCGACAGUACUUGCACGAGUCCUUUCGUGCCGGUGGAAUCGAUGACGCAACGACCGGUAUCAUCAGCAGCGGCGGAGGUAGCGAAGGCGUCAUCGGUCCUGUCAUCGAAGGUGGAUGCACGCCCUCCGAUACCGGCCCCCCGCAUAUGCCGCCUAUGGGGGUACAAAGCGCGCCACCUGGACCAGCCGUUCAUCCACCGACACCUCAGCAUCCUCAUCUUGCGUCAUACCCACACGCGCCCGGGCUCCUACCCCACAGUCGUGGUCAUCCGAUGGCGCCGAGUCCAGAUCCUGCUACCGGUGCCAUGUCACCUGGAUUAUCCAGCGUGGCGACAAGCAACUCCGAGGCGGAGGAUCUCCUGGACGACAUAUUGUCCUUCGAAGCUGGCUCGUUAGGCGACGGGCUUAAGGACGGACAGAGCGGAAGUCUACCGAAUCUUCCGGAACUGCAGGUCAAACCGGAACCUUUGUUACUGACGGAUGCGGAAAUACACGCUCUGGCGAAAGAUCGGCAGAAAAAAGACAAUCACAAUAUGAUCGAGCGACGAAGACGGUUCAACAUCAACGACAGAAUCAAGGAACUCGGUACACUCUUACCCAAGACCAAUGACCCAUACUAUGAGAUCGUGAGGGACGUAAGGCCAAACAAAGGAACAAUCCUGAAGUCAUCGGUGGAGUAUAUAAAGUUAUUAAAGAACGAACUGACGAGGAUGAAGCAAAGUGAACUGAGGCACAAACAGUUGGAGCAUCAGAAUCGUCGGCUACUUCUGCGGGUUCAGGAACUCGAGCUUCAAGCCAAAGCCCAUGGACUUCCGGUUACGGAUUUCAGCUGGGCCACAACUUCCGGAACGGUCCUCAACACCUACGUCAAGAGUAAACCCGAUCAACGGAAGAUUGUAGAUGACAGUAGAGAAGCCGAGGCCCGGAAGUUCGUGUGGCAGAUGCCGGAAGUGGUUGCUGAGGAAGCGUCGACUUUGAGCAUGUCCCAGCUCGAAGACCUCAUGGAGGAUGACACUGGGGGACCCGUGCACGGUGGUGACCCAAUGCUCUCCUCGCCUAUUCUUCCGCCGUUAAGCCCACCGGCUCCAGCGUGCCAUCAUCCUCUACCUGACGAAGACACACUUGGCAGUCUUGCACCAACCACGUCGAACUCCUCGUCGGAUAUGGACAUCGUCGCGUAACCCAGAGCCCCUGGCGGACAUAACGAUUCCGCAGCGAAUGGUCAGGAACUUAGUUAAAGUAGACGACGACGAUGUUCCUUGAAGCCUCACGUCCUCAGGGAUGGACCUAGGGAGAUCAGGAGAGAGAGACUCAAGAUGGAUCCCUGGUGCGGUACAGUCCGUCCACGUGUUCGACAAGUGCCUGAACUUUUUAUUCCGUUUUACGAUCAGCGUUCUAGUAGCUAAUGGAGAUGAUCGUUCUAGUUGUUGAGGUCGAGAGAGAGAAACCGGUAAAACCUAUUGCGGAAAGUUCACCAGGUACUCGGGAACUCUAACGUUCGUCUCCUGGGAGUUCAAGGAAAUGCGUCCCCGUACGCGCUCUUCGAUAUAGGGUGAAUUAGGUUAGGUUCAUAGGUUAGACUGGGUAUAGUACGGCUCGCUGGAUCAUACAGUGGCAGGACGGGUAUGGCGAGCUUGUACCCAGAUCAGCUGAGAUACUCCGAAUUCCUGAAUGCGGGAAACCACGAAUUGAGAAAGCCGCAGGAAGGCUUCAAACUGAUAUUGGCGAGGAUCGUCGCGUAAAUACGUACAUUACGUAGGCGAGUGUAAUUUCUAGAAGCAUUCGUACAGUAGUAGCUUUUAUUUUUAAAGUUCACCGCUCUAUCUCAUCAGUUGAGGAUUACUUGCGUGUGUAAAGGGGUUAAUAUGUUUACCAAUAAAUCGGUCUAACCUAGCGCGAAUCCGUGGCUGACAGGUUAUUGCUACGGUUUUAUUUGUCUCGGUUUACUUUGCUGUAAAUUCGAGAUUUAUACGACCAUUAUUGUUUUUAACCAAUUUAACUUAUAAAUUGUCGCGUCGGUACUGUAGAAACGACUGGAGCGCUCCUCGCGGAUGUUUUUCCGAUUAAUCGCCAGGUUCUCUGGCGUUAAACGUGUUCGCAGCGUUUAUGGACGAAGCUUCGUUAACAGUCAAACGGUUUACGGGUGCUAAAUAGCUUUAUUAGAAUCAAUUUUGGAACCGCCUUGUAGUUUCUCUCGUUAAUAAACAUUAAGGGGGAGCAAAGGGGGGCCGGUUUCAUCGCGAGAUGUGUUCGUAAUAAAUUAAUAUGUCGCACUCGCGCUACUCGACGCUUACGCGCAAUCUUAACCUGAGACAGACGCCAUUAUUGUGUUGGGACUUAUUGACUGACUGUCCCACUUAUCUUUACUGGUAGGACCCAACGAAAUGGGGAGUAUUCAUUGUAGCUACACGUGCCGCUUAUUCUCGCCGAUUUUUAUGGAGUCGAGUCGUCCUCGCAUUACCGUCCCGACACCUGGCGUCGCCUAGGGAUUUCUUUCCAAUUUUCCAUGGAAUUUCUCACCCCUCUCCAUUCUCUCAGACAAUUUUCGCGGCAUUUCGUGCCAUUUUUUAUUUUACCCCAACGCACAAGAACAUUCGCAAACGAAUAACAAACCGGAUGCCGUGUAUGGAAGUUCCCUGUGAAAAUAAAGAAAUGAAAAGAGCGAAAGGUACAAAACAAACCGUGUAUAAUGUUGUAUUUAUAUAUUUCAUGCAAUACUAUAUAUCCGAUGGACGAUUAUAAAUAUUUGAUUUUUUUUUAUAACAAUCCUAUUGCAUUUUGACGAAGACGAUUUGUCAAUUAAAGGUCUCCUCGUAAUGGCAGCAGGUGUUUUUUUGUGGAAACGGUGCGAAUCGAUAACGUAACGGGCACGGUGGAUCGUGAUAGCAAUUGUAUUGUACAUUAUGCAUAAUUUUAUGUAAAUAUAUAGUAUAUGUACGAAACGAAACGAAUUCGUAUACUGCAGAGAUACCUGCGAUAUAUAUAUAUAUUUUUUGAAAUAUUUCAUGACCUUUUUGGGACGAACCUUAUUGUUAUACAUGCCAGUUUAUAUAUCACGACUCGAUAUUACCUCUUUAUAAAUACACAAGAUAUAUAUACAUGAAUGCGCGCGUGCAAGCGACGGCCGCGUAAUAACCAAAAUUUUAAGGCGCAAAAGGUAAAGAGAAGAAGCAAUAGAAACGAACGUGCAGGAGGAGUGGGGAGAGAAAUGAUCUUGAAUUUUCAUAGUUUAAUUAUCGAGUAUAAGUGGAUUCAUUGUUAAUGUUAUUGCUAUAUUAUUACAAUUGUUAAUGUGCUGUUACUACGUAUUUGUAGAUUUGUAAAUAGGCCGUAAAGGCGAAUCUUCAGCAAAAAAAAGAAACAUAAUUGUAUCGAGAUUCAGAAAAGAUUAUAUCGCAUAGUUAUUUUAUCUAUCAUUGUUACCACCUAUCGCACGCGUUGCGUGCGACUACAUGCUAUUGGAAGAAAGAGAAGGAAAAGAAAAAGAAAAGAAUUAUUGAUAGCAUUACUAAA